AACCAAAGCAAAGAAUCUUCAAACUUCUUGUUUCUAAGAAAAGUCUAAAACCAGUUUGGUCGAUUUCUUCCACAUCCAAAACUAACUCAAUAUUUUAUCUCCCCCAAAGUCCAAUUUUCCAAAAAAUCCAAAACACACAGAGAGAAAAAAAACUGAAACAUCCCAAAUGGAUCAUCAUCUUCAACCAUAACAACACGAAACCCUUCUUCUCCAAAAUCCCCAAAACCUUGAAACAAAGUCUCAAAAUUUCACUUCGUGGAUCCGAAUGUCUCAGAACCCAUCACUCUUCUUCCUCUUAUGUCUAGGGUUAGGUUUUUGCGUUGACCUGGGUCAAUCCCUGAAAGUUCCUUUCAGCGUUAACGAUGUUCUUCCGAUGCUACCUCGUCAAGUCUCAUGGCCUGUUUUGAACAGUUUCCACAACGCUGUGGAUUUGUUGCCGGUUUUUAUUGGGUCAGUUACUCCUAAUAAUGUAUCUAUUGAGUGGAAAGGUGCUUGCUUUAAUGGUAAUGAAGCUCGUCUUGAUAUCACCGGUAGUGAUCGUGACGUCCCUGGACUUGGUGGUGGUGUUCUUCAUCUCAAAACAUCCAAGGCACAUAGCUUGACAUGUAUGGAUCUUUAUGUGUUUGCAACGCCAUACAGGAUCACUUGGGACUACUAUUUCUCUGCUAGAGAUCAUACUUUGAACUUUGAUUCUUGGGAAGAGAAAGCUGAAUUGGAAUAUGUGAAGGAGCAUGGCGUUUCAGUGUUUCUAAUGCCAUCAGGAAUGCUUGGGACGUUGCUAUCUUUGAUUGAUGUGUUACCUCUUUUCUCCAAUACUGCUUGGGGACAGAAUGCGAAUUUGGCGUUCUUGACGAAACAUAUGGGUGCUACCUUUGAGAAACGGUCUCAACCUUGGCGGUCAAUGAUUAACCCAGAAGAUGUGCAUUCUGGUGAUUUCUUGGCGGUGUCGAAGAUUCGAGGUAGAUGGGGUGGUUUUGAGACGUUAGAGAAAUGGGUGACUGGGGCUUUUGCUGGUCAUACUGCUGUUUGUUUGAAGGAUGAUUUGGGGAAUCUUUGGGUUGGUGAAUCAGGACAUGAGAACGAAAAGGGUGAAGAAAUCAUUGUUGUGAUCCCUUGGGAUGAAUGGUGGGAGCUGACUUUGAAGGAUAAUUCAAAUCCUCAAGUAGCUUUGCUUCCUCUACAUCCUGAUAUCCGGGCAAAGUUCAACAAUACUGCUGCGUGGGAAUAUGCACGGAGUAUGUUGGGCAAACCGUAUGGAUAUCACAACAUGAUAUUCAGCUGGAUCGACACUCUAGGCGAUAACUACCCCCCUCCCCUUGAUGCUCACUUGGUUAUUUCUGUCAUGUCUAUGUGGACUCGUGUACAACCUGCAUAUGCUGCUAAUAUGUGGAACGAGGCACUUAAUAAACGACUCGGUACUGAGGAUCUGGAUUUGUAUGGGAUACUUGAAGAAACAGCGAGGCGUGGAAUGUCAUUUGAUGAGUUACUCACCAUCCCUGAACAGGAUGAGUGGGUUUAUAGCGACGGUAAAUCGACAACAUGUGUUGCUUUCAUCCUUGCAAUGUACAAAGCUGCUGGUAUAUUCGACCCUCUCGCUGAUCACAUUCAAGUCACUGAAUUCACUAUCCGAGAUGCGUACACUCUGAAGUUAUUUGAGUCUAACCAGACUCGGUUACCGAGUUGGUGCAACACCGAGGAAGGGAAGCUUGACUUCUGUCAAAUUCUAGGUGAAUACAGAAUGGAGUUACCUGGUUAUAACACCAUUUACCCAUAUCCAAACAUGAACCAGAAUUGUCCUUCUUUACCUCCUAAUUAUGAGAGACCUUCUAAGUGUUAGCAAAGUUAAUUAACAUGUAUGUCUAUCUCUCUCCCUCUGUCUGUUUGUGUUUGUAUACUUUUGGUUUAUAUAUUUAAGCUUACCCUUUUAGUUAGAGGGAAAGUAAACCACGUUUUUAGUACAAUCUUCGUGUGAAUAUAUUAUAUGAUGCUCUUAUCAUAUUCAAUGUUAUCUCCUUGGUACCUA